CAAACUUAUAAUUAUAAGCUACGUCGCAUAUAUUUUACUAAAAACUCAUAAGAAAUGCACAUUCUUAUAUUAGUUUGUUUGUUGACAACAAAUUCACUGAAAACUUCAGCGCAAGCGCUUGCCAGCGACUGCACGACCCUAACCACUGGCCGCACCAUCGAAAUAUUGCAAAUGCCCACACAGGCUGGCGUUGAUAUCUUCGAGGUCUACUGUGAGCUGGGCGAUCUCGAUGAAAAACCUUGGUUGGUCAUCUUCUUACGUAAAGAGCCCAAAUAUGAGUAUGGCAGGUGGCUGGACUAUACACAGGGUUACCAUACACUUAGCGGUAAUUAUUUCAUCGGCCUGCAACGACUGUACACAAUCACAAAUCGACAGCCGCACGAGCUAAAGCUGCAGCUAACACAGAGAAACGGUAUGCAGCAUUAUAUGCACAUUGAGCACUUUGCCAUCUCGAAUGAGACCAGCAUUUAUGGUGUUUCUUCGUCGGGUGCAUAUGUGGGUACCAUGCCAAUCGUGGAACCCGCCGAUUGGUUACCUUGGCGUACGCAGUCUUUUGAAAUGACAACACGUAUGAAAAUCAGUAUUAGACCAGCGGAACGUGCAUACAAGCGAAAAUCAAAAUAUUUUGUAAAAAUCAAGCGUCGAGGCAAAGCUUUAAGCAGCGUCGCGCAGGCGAGGUAAAAAAGAAAUGUAGGCAAAUAAAACAUUAAAGCAAAUUACUGCUCAUUCGAGCUGAUAAAUGAUCAACAAUCAAGUGUAACAGGGUAACACAAUUUUGGCUGAAAUCGAUACGAAUUUAUUCGAGUAAAUAUGUAUUGUAUAUAGACCUUAGAUAUACUUGCAUGUAUGUAUGUAUGUGUGGUUAGUUGAAUAGUUGAAUAUGUGUCAGUGUGUCUCCAUUGUUCUGUCCGGUCGAUCGAUGAAUGUGUAAAUCGGGCGAAAGGAGCAAAAAGAAAAUUGCUGGCGUUUGUCAAUAAACGGAAGUGGCUUAUAAUAUAUAACGGCAAC